CAGCUCCCGCACAGAAUGGCGGCUCUUUUGGAAUCGACGCUGUCGCGCAGAGUGGAUAAUAAAAAGGUCGUGGAGUGGCUGAAAAACUCCGGGCAUGGUGAUGAGAGACCGUUCAGUGAAUCCGGAGUGGCCGUUCAUAAACAGGAGUUUGUGCCUUUUCUUUUGAACUUUCUCAGAGAUCAGAGCAGUCAAGCUCUUACUCAUGGUCCCACCACGCCUGCCAAAACACCCAUCCGUCCCAGGCCACCAGCAGCCACCCAAGGAUUGCCAGACAGAAGGGCUUGCAGGUCUGCAGGUGGUGGUGUUGGAUCUCGGGGCGCCAGCCGGGUCCAGCUGUUUUCUCCAGUGUCACCUGGAGCUGAGUGGGAUGCAGCUGCUCAGUCUGCAUCGCACUGCCUGGGUGGGAUCAGUGCCUUUAGCAGUCCCUCUUUUUCUACGACAUGGAGCCCUGCCUCCAGACCCUCAGGCUCUGAGCCCAGGGUCGGCCACAGGGUGAGCCUGGGGGACUACAUUGUUUCUCCUCCUGAGCUCCAGCACAGCCUGAACGUCCACUUGCAGAGAGGUCGCAGAAAAGGCGGUGCCAACACCACGCUGGGGGGACAUGUGAAACAUGGAGGAGGGCGGGGAGGCCACUCUGCCGAUGGUGAAGCUGUGCGAUGGGAGACUGGAGGAAGGAGAGCAGCAAGAGGUGGAGGAGGUGGAUAUGGCAAGAUAAAUGAGCAGAUUUCACCUCCAUCUGUCGCUCAGCUUAAUUUGAACAACUUGGAAGACUUCCCUCCAGUUGGUUCAACACCGACUUCUUCGUUUUCGACGUCCAAGCCAUCAAGGAGGAUAAAUCCAACACCAGUCAGCACAGAGCGGCUUCACUCCAAACCAAAAAGCUGUUUCACGUCCACCCCGUUGAGUAAAAUAUCCAGCUCACCGUCUGGAGACGAGUCACUUGAAAAAGCAGUGACACUGGUCAGUCCUUUAAGUCUUCAGCAGGAGAGGGAGUUACUAAAGCAGGAGAAGACAAAGCGUGCCCAGCAGGUUGGCUCUCCUUCACCUUCUCCUCUGGAGCCUUGCACCCCAACGAAGACGGAGCUGAGAUCUGCAGUUACGAUGGAUUCUCAGGCAACUUGUCCUGAGCCGUCCAAAGUCACGUUCGCCUCAGAGCUGGAUCUUCUGGCAAACCUUUACUGUACCUGCAUUUCUGAAAACCUGGUUCCCAAUAUUUUCCUGGAGCUUUUCUUUGUGAUGCAGUUGUUGACGUCUUGGUCUGCUCACAAUAACGAUGAAGACCAAGAAGGUUUGCGUGCUGUUGAGCCAGAAGUUCUGGAAAGAUGUUACUUAAGACAAGUGCACAACUGUGUGUAUUUUGCAGUGAAGGUUCUGGAGAAUCAGUUUCAGCUGGUUGCUCAUUUGGAUAAGUGCACCUUGCGUCUGCUGGCAGAGAACGAACGGGUGGCGUCUUUCUCUCCAGAUCUCAGGGAGCGUCUCAUUCAGGCUCAGGACAGGAGCACAGCCAAGAUCUCUCCUUCAGUGUCCACUUUCAUUCACUCGGUCCCAUUCCAGCCUGCCACUGACAACCGGUCCAACUUUGGUAGUGACAAGGCUUUUCACACCUUUAAAAAACAGAGAGACAUUUUUUAUGAGGUGCUGCGUGAGUGGGAGGACUCUCACAAGGAGCCAGGGUGGGGUUUCGACGCUGCUCUUGGAAGUCGGAUCAGAGGAAUGAUGAGUCAGCUGACCUCUGCGGGAAACCAUUCCCAUUUUGCCCGCCUGUUUCUGAAACAGCUGGUGCAGAUGUGUAAAGGUCCCCGUGUGAACAGCUCCUCCGCGGACGCCCCCGACGCCGACCUGCUCGGCAUGCUGGGAGCUGACGGUUUGGGGCGCCUGAAGCGUCUCGAAGAACGUCUCAUUCAGCCUCAUGGAGUCGUUGGGCCCUGUCCUCCGCCGUCCUUCCCCGGUCACCAGGAGUUCUUCAGGGACUUUAUCAAGACGGCGAGCUGCUGUCAGCUGAACCAGCACCUCCAGGACAGCCUGUGUCAGCAGCUCCUCCAGCUGGACGAGGUGUCCAUCCUGAGCCCCCCUCCUCCUCCCAUCGGGGAGGGAGAGGAGGAUGAAGAUGGAGACAUGGAGCAGCAGGAUGAGAAGCAGCGCUUCUCCUCAGUGCUCCUCCUCUCUCGCCUCCUCGCUAAGUUUCUGGGAUUCAUUUCUUUCCUGCCGUACCAAACAUGCGACAGACCGUCCAGAGAAAUACGGGACAGCGCCGUAGCGCUGCGCAGCAAGAGCGCUCCGGUGCUGGACGUGUGUGCCGUGUUGCAGAGCAGUCUGAGGCGGCGGCGCACCAUCCUCACCGUGCCCUGGCUGGUGGAGUUCCUCUCCAUGCUGGACUUCGUCGGCCCCCUGCUGCUCUGCUACAGGACGGCGCUGGGCACGCUGCUUCUGCUUUACAAGAAAAUGCAGCUGGGCAGAUGUGAAGAAAUGUGUUACCUCAACAAGGUCCUGAUGGUGUCUGUGUUAGGGUGGCUCUUUCAGAUCCCCGUCAUUCCAGAGGACAUCUUCUUCACCAGUGAGUUCACUGACGUGGCCCAGUUAGAGGAAAGCAAUGCCAACGCUGUUGGCCUCGAUUGUAUUCCAUUGGUGGAUCAGCAGCUUCUCUAUACCUGCUGCCCAUUUCUCGGCGAGUUUCGUAAACUCCUCGCUGCCUUUGUUUCUGGAAGCACGGCGAAGAGCGGGGGAAUCAUCCGGAAGAUUACUCCCACCUCCGCCGAGCUCAAGGACACGCCGACUGUUAACAGGUCGCAGCAGAAGCUCCAGGUGGAUCUGGAACAAGCCUUCUUCCACAACCAGCCGCCGUCGCUGCGCCGCACCGUGGAGUUCGUUGCCGAGCGGGUCGGAUCCAACGCCGUCAAGCACAUGAAAGCCACCUUAGUGAGCGAGUUGGUGGAGAAAGGAGAGAAGAUGCUGAGAGACGGACUGGGGCUGCCGAGCUCCAACCCGUCAAAACUCUACGACUCCAUCUGCGCUCAGCUGUGUGAGUCCGGCUUGGAGGCCUUAACACGAGCCACCAGAUUUUGCUACGAGAAGAGUCCCGAAGCCAUCAGGAUACUGCUUCCCGUUGAGACGUCUCCAGCUGUCCUGAGCACAGCUGAAAACAUCACCAUCCGUCUUGCGGCAGAAAAGGCCUGCAGCUGGCUGUCUGCCAACAUCACAGCGCUCGUGCGACGAGAGUGGAAGAGCCGGUACGACCGUGUGAUGAAGGCCCUCGGUUCCCCGCCCGCCUCCGAUCCCGCCGACGUGGACAGACCUGCGGCCGAGGCCGUCCCCCGAGAUCGGCCCGCCGCUCCGAAGAGGAAACAAGAAAACGAGGGCGAGACGUCGACGUCCUGCCCUCCGUCCUGCGACCACGGCGCUUCUCGUCCCUCAGACAUUCUCAUUGAGAUAAAGGAGGUGCUGAGCGUCGCCGUGGGCCCCAGGACUGAUGAGGAGCUGCCGACCGGCUCGCAGCUCACCGCUCUCCUGCAGAGAGUGGGAGGCACACUGGCCUGCAGAAAGUUCCAGACCGGAGUGUCAGAGCAGAUGCUGCUCAGUUCCACUGUAAUUCUGGCCUGCAGACUGGUGUCUGCAGAGCUGCCGGUGCUGCCUCCGUCAGGGUGCAGCGAGCCCGCCGCGGGUCCCUGUCCGGGGUCAGAGCCUCCUGUCACGGCUCUGCUGGAGCAGCUCGCCGAGCUGUGGAGGGAGCACCGCUGCUCCGCCGCCCCGCUCCACCUGCUCUUCGCCCCGCUCACCGUCACGGCCGUCCUGAAGGCCAGCGACACGGAGCUGAAGAACUACCUGUUCCUGGUAAGAAGGCUGGUUGACAGAGGAGUUCUGAGCGAGGAAGAGGUCGUAUCUCAUUGGAAGAAGCUAACAGACUUGGCCUUGCCAGCAGAGCUGAUAGAAAACUUCCAGUUGCCGUCACACGCCGCAGAGCCGCCUCCGCCGCCGCCGGCUGAGCCGCAAGGCGACCUGGACGUGCUGUUGAUCGCACCUCAGACAGUAGAGGGAGCUACGUGACAACAACACUGCCCCAUGCAGCCUGUGUCUGAUUCCUCCCCAACAGUGUUUCAUGUCACAUCUGCCACUUUGUUGCACAGGAGGGAGGAAAUUCACACUGACUUUUUUUUUUUGCUGUUGUUGACCGGUUUUGUCUGCACAGGGCAUCGAAUCUGUUUCACAGCCACAGUUUAGCCUCAGACUUGUGUUCUCAACCCGGGGAGGGCGAGCAGGCUUUUAUAAAGUCGUCUGCUCUAGGGCCGAUGUGCAUGUAAAAAAACCAGAAAACCCCGUCCGUCAGGGCCAACGCCAUCUGUCUUUCAGGAUCCAUGGGAGUCCCGAAAAAGAAGAGAAAAAUCAGCUGGUUACUGUCUAAACAGUUGUAGGCCAGACUUUUGUUUUUUUCAAAAGAAUUGCACAUCAUUAACACAACACAAGUGAAGGUUGACAAAAAUCCCAUGAAAGGUUUUGUUUUUAAAGUUGUGAUUCCUUAAUUUUAAGAGACAACAGAGAAAAGCGUGAUACACACACACAGCCUUUGACCACAUCACUAGUGAAAGCAUGCCUAUUUUCAUGAAUGCAAGGAUUUGUAUUUGUGAUUGUUUUCCGUUCAUGUUGAACCAGCACUGUAUUCCUAGCUGCUUUUAAAUUUAAAUAUUUUAUAAUGCUGCUCACAGAGUUAAAAUAAGCAACAAUAAACAUGUAAA